AUGAAUACAUGGGAAUACAUGGGAAUCGUGUAUUCCCAAGUGUGGACGUUCAUGAAUACAUGGGAAUCGUGUAUUCAAGUAGACUGCCCUGCCACGAUUCUUGCUCGAAAGAGAGAGUUGAAAAUGAUGAGAUUGGUUUCUCUCUGUGACAUAAACUCUGGCUUUGUGCCCAAAAAUCCAACUCAUUUUCUCGUGAAACCGAAUUUCAGAAGAGGAAACACAAUCACAAGACUACCUGUGUUUGACUCGAAUGCUAAAACAAGAAGAAGAAACCUUAGAGUAGAACCAAUCUGUUGUAAGAGCUAUGAAGAUACAGCAAAAGUGUAUCAAGAAGAGGAAAUUCCCAAAGCAAAACUGAUAUGGAGAGCAAUCAAACUUCCCAUUUACUCUGUCGCUUUGAUUCCUCUUACCGUUGGUGCUUCUGCAGCCUAUUUAGAGACUGGCUUGUUCCUAGUUAAACGUUAUGCGGCUCUAAUGCUCUCAUCCAUUCUUAUCAUCACUUGGCUCAACUUAAGUAAUGAUGUUUAUGAUUUUGAUACCGGAGCUGAUAAGAACAAAAAGGAAUCUGUAGUCAAUAUGGUUGGAAGCCGAACAGGAACGUUAACUGCUGCAGUCACAUCGCUUGUGCUCGGUGUUUCCGGUCUAGUUUGGACAUCUUUGAUAGCUAGUAACCUCAGUGCAAUACUCUUGCUUGGCUCUGCUAUAUUAUGCGGCUAUGUAUACCAGUGUCCACCAUUUCGGUUAAGUUACCAAGGAUUAGGAGAGCCUCUUUGCUUUGCAGCAUUUGGUCCUUUUGCAACUACUGCUUUUUAUCUACUUCUUGGUAGCUCAAGCGAGAUGAGGCAACUACCGAUAAGCAGUAGGGUGCUUUCAUCGUCUCUCUUUGUUGGUUUUACCACAACUCUCAUUCUUUUCUGCAGCCACUUUCAUCAGGUUGAAGGAGAUUUAGCUGUGGGGAAAUUCUCACCUCUGGUUCGGUUAGGGAAUGAAAGAGGAGCUUCUGUAGUGAAAUGGGCUAUUCGUUUGUUAUAUUCCAUGCUUCUUGUUCUUGGUUUAACCAGGGUCUUGCCAGUAACUUGCACAUUGAUGUGUUUCCUGACUUUACCAGUUGGGAAUUGGGUUUCAAGCUAUGUUGAAAAGCACCACAAGGAGAAUGAGAAAAUAUUCAUGGCCAAGUAUUAUUGCGUGAGGCUUCACGCAUUGUUUGGAGCUGCAUUGUCGUUAGGACUCGUUAUCGCUCGCUAG